UAUAACCGCCGCGUACAUUACAUGCAGUGUAUGAAUAUUAGCAAUGGAUUAAUCGGUGUGUGCGUUGGUAUAUACAUAUAUAGUGAUUUUCUAUACAUGUUACGAACUCUCGUGGCCGAUGUGCGACGUUGUAUUCGCACAAUGUCCGCUGUCACGAUGCAAAAGCCGGAAGUGGUGUUCAUCCUAGGAGGUCCGGGUGCCGGCAAGGGCACGCUCUGCCGCUACAUUGUCGAGAAUUACGGUUAUGUUCAUCUAUCGGCUGGUGAUCUGCUGCGCGAGGAACGUGCCAAACCCUGCUCGGAGUAUGGCGAGCUCAUCGAAACACAUAUCAGAAACGGUACGAUCGUCCCGGUGGAGAUCACCUGUAGCCUCAUCGAUCGCGCCAUGCAGACAUCUAAAAAUCCACAUCACCGGUUUCUCAUCGACGGCUUUCCCAGGAAUCAGGAUAAUCUUGACGGUUGGAAUAAGAUGAUGGCUGACAAAGUUAUUCUCAAGGGCGUAAUAUUCUGCGAGUGCAGUCAAGAAGUUUGUACUCAGCGUUGCCUGAAACGUGGUGCCAGUGGAAGCGGGCGCAGCGACGACAAUGAGCAAUCUUUGGUUCUACGUCAUCAAACUUACCUAAAAAAUACUUUACCGAUCAUAGAAAUGUAUGAGCAGCAAGGUUUAGUUUAUAAAGUUAAUUCUAUGAAAACACCGGAAGAGGUCUUUCAGGACGUUGCAGAAUUCUUUCCUAAGAUAGACUGGUAAUAACAAUGAUUGUGACAAUUUCUUUUUAGCAAGUCAAAUAUUGUUGGCGCAAUAAUUUAUUUUUAUUUUGUAGGGUAGAGAGUAAUUUUUAUAUGGGAUAGCACUUAUAUUUUAUAGGUUUUCUUUAUUUUAUGGAACAGUACAGAUUUAUUACCUAAUUUUAUCACUGGUGUCAGUAUUUUAUCUCAAUUUUUGUAACACGUUGCAGCUUAUAUACUACUGAAAACAUUCCUUCACAAAUGUACAAUAAUGCAAUGCGAAUGGAUAAUGAUGUCAACAAUUGGAAAUCUGUAAAUAUUCUGCCAGAAUUGUUAAUAGCGAUCGAUAGUAAAAAUUCUUUGAUACAAUCUUAUAUACAUAAUAUAUAUAAUAUACGCUUUUUAGAAUACAUAGCUUAUAUAUUUAUAAAUAAAUUAAGCUAUAUGUUAUUAUUAUAUCAAUUGAAAAUUUAAUAAUCGUUAGAAAAAAAUCGCAUAUUAAUGCGUGAAAUGAUAAAAGAGAAAAUUAUAUCAUGCGUUUUUUAAUUUAUAUAUAUAUAUGUAAAAAUAUAUUCAUAAAAUUAA